AUGUCCACCUUCUUCUCAUAUCCCGAAUUGGAAUUGCAAAGAGAAUUAAAGAGGACCGCUGAAGAGAUUGUUGCUCCUGGAAAAGGAAUUUUAGCAGUUGAUGAAGCUAACGAGGCUAUCGGUAAGCUACUCGCAUCGGUAGAUUUGGAGAAUACUGAAGACAAUAGACGCAGAUAUAGACAGCUUCUUUUCACUGCUAAUGAUGAUAUAUCUAAUAACAUCUCAGCCGUUAUCCUUUUCGAUGAGACGGUGUAUCAGAAAACUGACGAAGGAAUUCCUUUUAUCGAUGUAUUGAAGAAGAAAAACAUCAUACCUGGCAUUAAAGUGGACAGAGAUGUGGUCCCGUUAUAUUUAUCUGAGAAUGAGUUCACGACACAAGGUCUCGACAAUUUAGCUCAAAGAUGCGCAGAAUAUAAAAAGCAAGGCUGUAGAUUCGCAAAAUGGCGGUGCCCUUUGAAAAUUGGACAAAACACGCCUUCAAUUCAGGCUAUUCAGGACACGGGUAAUGUUUUGGCUCGGUAUGCAUCGAUUUGCCAAAGUCAAGGCUUGGUGCCGAUUGUUGAACCUGAUGUACUGUUGGAUGGAGACCAUGACAUUGUCAGAGCUCAAAAAGUGACUGAAGUAGUUUUAGCUACCAUUUAUAAGGCGCUGAACGAUCAUCACGUAUUUCUGGAAGGAACUUUGCUGAAACCUAAUAUGGUAACACCGGGUCAGCAGUGUCCUAAGAGAAGUAGUUCAAAAGAAAUAGCAUCGGCGACCGUCACCGCUUUACUAAGGACUGUACCCGCUGCCGUUCCAGGUAUUGCAUUUUUAUCCGGCGGUCAAUCAGAAGAAGAAGCGACCACGAAUCUAAAUGCUAUAAAUCAAGUUGCUAUGAAAAAACCUUGGGCCCUUACAUUUAGCUAUGGAAGAGCGCUUCAAGCAUCUGUUUGGAAGAUAUGGAAUGGCAAAGAUGAAAAUAUAUCGAGAGCCCAACAAGAAUUGCUAAAAAGAGCUAAGGCCAAUGGACUUGCUUCUCUUGGAAAAUACGUCGGAGGUUCAGUCACAUCGUCUGCUAGUGAUACAUCGAAUUAUAGUAAAAACCACAAAUAC